AUGGCGCUGGAGCCAGGUAUCACCGUUUUCCUCAACUACGGGGACGCGCUCUAUCAUGAGCGGAUCCUGCUGGCGUGGGUGGUAGAUUCGCUGUUCAUCGUCAUCACGCCUGACUUUGACGUGUACAUUGAACAAAUUGACGCUUCUAAUCCAGAUCUCGAGGCUCUGAGGGUUAGCGACCAUGCGGGCUCGAUCCCAUUUGGGCUCACGGGGGCGCAGCUAUAUCGCUUUCGAGCUCGGCCCGCUGGAGCUGACUUGGUGAACCUCAUGGCCGAGGGUCGGCACCACGCGAGAGUGGAGCGGGCGGCGCGAGGCCUGGCCCCGCCACCAGGGCAGGACGACAUCAUCGGCCCGGGAGGCAAUGCGCCGGCGGUCGUGCCCAUCCCGUUGCCUGUGCCGCCGCCAGUGGCUCCUGGAGUGCCCGCGGUUCCCAUGGCCCCGCGCGUGGCGGGCGCCGCGGGGGCAUGGGUUUUCGACGAGCCGGGCGAUUCCUUCGCCGUCGGCCAGGAGUUCGCCCUGCCGGCCAACGCUCUCGACGUGGGGGGCCGAACAUUCGUGUCCGUCAACGGCAAGGCGGUCAGCGGGACGCGCGUCGCGGCUGGGACAGACCUUGAUGGGUGGGCCCGGCAGCGCCAGGCGCAGCUGAUGAGGGCGGACCCUCGUGUCCUGCCUCGCCCCGCUGGCGGUGAGCAGUCGGCUUUCGUCGACGAUGUGAGGCUGAUGAAGCGCGACCCCAGCGUCCCAAUCGGGAUCAAGGGCCCCGCCACGCUGCCCGACACCCUCGCGGACCUCAGGAAGGGCUCGACUGGGGGGUUCACGGCCGCGCACGACCGUUGGUUGGUGGACUCGAAGGUGCCAGCCUCCAGCAGCAGUUUCCGCCGGCACGCAUGGGAGGACGCCAACGGCAUGGUCCGCGCCCUGAACUCCCUGCACGGGUGCGUCCGUCCGCCAGGUGACGGCACCACGGUCGAGCCAUUCGACGGGGACCGCGUCUCCCUGCCCCCUCUCGGCAAGGGGGCGGCCUGCCUCUCGGGCGCGCUCGACCCGGAGGCGGCCGCAGUUUUGCAGAACUUUGAGACUGACCUGCUCGCCUCGCCUGACGUGGUGGAGCAGCGGCGUAUGUCGGCGCCGGCGCAGCCGUACCUCGACCUCGAGUUCCGGGCGAGCCGGCCCAAGUACAUCCAGUUCUUGUCGAUGUUGAAGUCCCGCGGCAUCAUCUCUCUUGUCGGCCGCCGCCGAGGCAGCGUGACCCCGUUUUUCGUUUCCAAGAAAAAUGGGAAGCAGCGUUUGGUGCUGGACUGCCGGCUCAUCAACAUCCUUUUCCACCACGCCCCCGUGAUGGAGAUCGGAGCGCUGGACUGCCUGAGCGGGCUCGAGGUGCCGCGGGGCCGCCAGGUGUUCACGGCGUCGGCGGACAUCGAGGCCUGCUUCUACCAGUGUGGCGGGCUGGGGUCGCUCAUCGAAUUCUUCUGUCUGCCAGGAAUCUCGGCGGCAGAAGCGACGCACCUGGGCUUCGACGUCACGGGCUUGUUCCACGACGCAAAGAUGAAGCUUCACGUGGCGUUGAACGUGCUGCCGAUGGGCUGGUCCUGGGCCUUCUGGUUCGUCCAGCGCGUCCACCUAGAAAUGCUGCGGCGCGCUGGGAUUGACUCCAGUCGCCUGGCGCUUGGCGGGUGGCCGCUGCCGCUGCUGGAGGGCGGCCCUGUCGAGCUCCCAUACUCCGACAACGUGAACGUGAUCGGGCUGGACCCGGUCGCCGUCGGGGAGCUCCGCGACAAGAUCGUCUCCACCUUCGAGCGGCAUGGCUUCGCGAUGCACGAGAUUUCGCCCGUCUCGGACGCCGCGGUGAUCCUGGGCGCGAGCGUCGGCGGAUCUCCGCCGAGCACGCGCCGGGUCUUGAACAAGUUGCUGUUAGUGCGAGGGGCGCUGCAGUGGCUGGCUUCGGGGCCCACCGUCACUGGGCGCCAGGUGGAGGUCAUCGUCGGGCACUACGUUGCGCUCACGUCCUUCAACAGGCUCGGGCUCAGCGUGAUGCGGUCGCUGUACGAUUUCAUCCGCGACAAGUACGUCAUGCCGACGCGCUUGUGGGCCUCCUGCCGGUACGAGGCGUGGGUAAUGGCCGACGUGAGCUUGCUUCUCUCUGCGAGGCUCGACCGGCCGUGGUCGCCCGUCGUGACGGCCUCCGAUGCCGCGAACCGUGGCAUGGCGGUGUGCGAAGCAAUUUUCCCGGUCUCCGCCGUGGCCUCCGUCGGGCGAUGGCGGGAGCGGUGGAGGUACAGGCGGCUGAAUCCCGACGAGUGGGCGCCGAGGUUCCGCUGGAUCCCGUCCGAGUUCAACCCCGCGGACGCGGGCAGUCGGCUCUUCGAGCACCAGGGCCCGCUCGGCCAUGCUUGGUCCGCUGAGUCGAGCUGGCGGGUCGCGGCGGCGCUGAGCCAGGCAUCCAAGUCGCCGGCCUCGGCCGCGGCCCGCUCGCACUGCGAGGAGGCCGCAGCAGGCGCUGCCACGCGCGCCAACUACAGGCCGCUCUGCGACGCCUUCCUCGACUUCUGCCAGACGAAGGGCCGCGUCCCAGCCGACGUCAACGAGCUGCAGAUCAGGCUGCUCGAGGCGCUCGACCACCUGCUGGGGGCCGAUGGUACCAAGGGCGAUGCGGACACGCUCGUGGCGGCGGUCAAGGAUCACUUCCCCUUCGCGGUCGGCUCGGGGACUCUGCCUCGGGUGACCCGCGCCCUACGGGGGUUCGGGAAAAAGCGGCCGCCUCGGUCCCGGGCACCGGCACCAAAGGAGCUCAUGGCGGCAGCGGUGUCGAUGCUGCUGGCCCUGGGGCUGUACGACCAGGCGCUGCAAGUCGCGGUUCUGUUCUACACCUACAUUCGCCCUGGGGCUCUCCGACAGCUGACGGUCGGGCAGCUGCUGCCCCCAGCGAGGCGGUCGGGGCCGCUGAGCCACUGGUCGAUCAUCCUGGCACCGACCGAGACGGUGGGCGCGCCCCGGGUCCUGACCAAGACCGGCACCUCGGACGAGACGGUGCUGCUGGACGAGCCCGCUUGGCUGGGGCCUGUGCUGCAGGCGCAUGCGCGGGGCAAGCCUCCGACCGCCCCCCUCUUCACGACGGGCGGCCCAGGCAUGGCAGCGGCCUUCGGCCGUGCUGUGGCCGCCCUGGGCGUCCCGGGCGCAUGCCUGUACCAGCUCCGGCACGGCGGGGCCAGCGACGACCUGCUCGCCCAGAGGCGGCCGGCGGACGCCGUGAAGGCGCGCGGCCAUUGGAAAUCCGAGAGCAGCUUGCGCAGGCACGCGAAGCCCGGGGCCAUUCACCAGCUGCUCAACGCGAUGCCAGCGGAGAACAGGGCGUUCGGCGUCCAGCAGAUGAACUUGCUCGAGCGCCUGCUGAAGCGCGAGGUGUUCGAGCUGAUG